AUGCCUCCUCAAGCGACCCUCUCGACCAAGAUCAAGGUCCAGUUGAAGCUCUCCAUCGCACGAUUGCGCAUGGUCCAGCAGCGCGAUGAGGCUUUGUCUAAAACGCAUAGAAGGGCCAUGGCCCAGCUGUUAGAAGUAGGGAAGAUCGAUUCGGCCAAAAUACGCGUUGAGAACAUCAUCCGAUCCGACAUUACCAUCGAGCUAUACGAGAUUCUCGAACUAUACUGCGAGUUGUUACUGGCCCGCGCCGGACUGUUGGAUGCCUCGACGUGUGACCCGGGUCUAGAAGAAGCUGUCAAGAGCAUUAUAUACGCUGCCCCCAAGACCGAAAUCAAGGAGCUACAGCAAGUUCGUGCACUUCUGGCGGAGAAGUUCGGCAAGGAGUUUGCUCUAGCUGCCAUCGAGAACUCGGAUGGCAGAGUGUCUGAAAAGGUGGUCAAGAAAUUGAGUGUCACACCACCGAAGGACGAGCUCGUACAGGGAUACUUAGAAGAGAUCGCCAGGGCAUACGGGGUGGACUGGCCCAAGCGCUCCAAAGAUUUGGGAGACCCUCCUGGAUUCGUAGACGACGAUGCCGACCACCCAAGUGGAGGACAAGCCCAGAAAAUACUAGAGCCAGAACUUCCAGCAGACAGCAAGGCCGCUCAAGAAAGAGAAGACCUCAGCAGAGCGACGCCGCCACGAGAUUUUGACAACACUUUGCAUAUUACACCGUCAAGCCCGUCGUCUGAGAAUCCCAGACCAAAGGUAACACUCAAUCAUAUGGAUCUGAAACCCAAUAAGAAAAUGCAAGACGCUGGUAUUGCAAGGAAGAGGGAAGAUAAGAAUGAUGGGCCUGGGGGCAGUGUGCCGGAUGUCAAUGAGCUAGCAGCAAGAUUCGCUGCUCUCAAACGCUUUUGA